AUGAAGCCACGUCCAGUCAGCGUAAGCCCACAGAAACGACCAAGCUUGAGCGGACAAUACCCUGGGUACGCGCAGCGCUUUGCCAAAGCUUCCAUCCUGAAACAGCAGGACAGAAGCGAUGCGGCACCGCCGACCACAGGCGCUGUAACUCAGGCAGUGGCGACAGGAGCACACGCACAGGACUGCUCUCCCUCGCCGCGGCCCAGAUCUGCGCCCAAGAGCGAGCCCCUCGCAGACAGCGCUGAUUCCCUGUGUGGCCACACAACCUCGGAGGAUGAGCCCAGAGAUGCUGCAAGUACUCAAAAGGGCUUUCACAGCGAUCAGCCAGGCUAUGGUGCAGGUGUGGGCAGCACAGCAUCUGAAGAUCCCACUGUGGAUGGCAGCACAGAUGUUGCACCCUCAGAGGAACCAGAGCCAAGCCAGCAGACAGGCCUCGCUGAAAGCCAUGGCCCGGCAGAAAGUGUGCCCAGCAACAGUGGUAAAAGCCCCAGCGAGGCGCAGCCCACUGGGGAUGCCAGCCGCCAUACCAGCACUGCAGAAGAAGUUGAGAUGGAGUCGGAAGCCAGCACGCAGCUUCCCGAGCAGCUUCCUGAGAAGGAGACAGCCAAGAAGAGGUCGUCCUCGGCCAAGGUCAGCAUCAACCGGGUCUUGGCAGAGAAGCGAUCAGUGGCAGCUGCAUACAGAGGGCGGGCCACAAGAAGGGUGGGAGUCUGGGUGCAGAGCCUCAGCUGCUUCACAAGCGCGCAGCCUCCAAGCCCGAAGGCGACGCCAACCAAGCUGCCAGCCGACACUGACGGGGCCAAAGGCGUAGAUGUGUUGGCUCAUGCAGACAGCAUGAGGGACCAGGGAGGAGGGCAGUGGCGCAUCGGCACCACAGCGGAGCCUGAGGUGGAGGCAGCUGUGCCGCCACCGCUGCCACGGCGCAACAGCAAGCUGCCGCGCCUGUUAUCGACGGCAGUGUCAAUCGCAGAGCGCAUCUCCCUGGCCACAGCGGCGUCCCUGCGCAGGAAGGGAUCCUGGCUGCCCCCCAUUGUGUCGCCCUUGAAGACAGUGGCUGAAGCCAAAGAGGCACCGCCUGCAGAGGGCUGGGACGCACCAGCACCUCAAGGUGUCCUGGGCGAUUUUCCGCCGAGCGCUCAUCGCAGCGCCAGGGAGCCUUCUCUCAGCAGGCUCCUCAUGCCUCAGACCUCCGCCGGAGAAGACUUGAAGCCGAGGGAAGAGGUAUGGAACAAGGUGCAGCAUACGCGGGUGUCACUGGCGCAGCUGCUGGACGACUGCGGCCCUGCUCGCCCGGCUCCCGGCACACAAGCGGCAGUAGCCAAGGCCAGGCCAAACCUGCGUGUGGAGACGCACAGCCACACACCCAAGAAGGCCAAGCAGGCCGCCGCUCCCACGGAGGACAUAAAUCAGUGGUUCCUGCCGGGUUCCAAGCCGGAGCACACGCUGAGCGCAUACCUCACCCUCAGGAAUCCUAUCAUGCCCCCCGCGCUGCUGGACCCCGGGUCCCCCGCGCCCUGGCGCAGCAAGUCCCCCCCCUCGCGCGCCUCGACUCCCCUGGGAUCCCCCUCCAGGGCCUCCACUCCCAAGCACGGGACCCCCCACGGUGGCGCCGCUGUCGGCCGCGCCCUGCACCUGUCCCCUCACCAGGCUGCUGCACCCUUGCCGGGGGGUCCUGUUGGCCGGAGGGCCGCCUCCCCACUCAAGCCGGUGGCUGCCGCGGCUCUGGCGCACCUGAAGCAGUCGCGCAUCGCCUCCGCUGCCCAGAGGCGCGCCAUGUCAAGCAGCCCGCAGAGGUCCGCGAGUCAGGGCAGUGGUCGGCAGCAGUCCUGGGUGUCCCUACCGGUGGACCAGACGGCUGCGGCUGCCGCCUCCUGGAAACAGGCACAAACAUCUGAGCAGUCAGUGAUGGCGGACACCCUGGCCGUGCUCCACUCUCACACCCACAAGGCAACACAGAGACCCGGGGCAGUCCAGACGGUUGCCGGGCACGGGCACGGGCAGAAAGCUCAGAAGUCAGCUGCUUUGGACAAGAGACGAGCACCACAGGAGACAGGCAGCCAGAGACUGCAUGCAGCAGGCGCCGAAGCUGCAAAGCGUGGCGCGAGCAGCUCAGCAGCGCAUUUCGCCUCUCCUAACAAAGCCAUGCAGAAAACCGGCCCGGCGCAGAAGACACCUGACAGCUGUUUUCUGGAGGCAGGCAGCAAGAAGCAGGGGACUGCGAUGGAGCGCGCGGUGCUGCAGCAGUACCUUGCAGCCAGGCGUGGACGCGGCAGCUAUGCCGCCAGCAACCUGCUCAGGCGCGGCCGCAUUCCUGGCACCGACUCUGCGGCUCAACGCAGCCCUGCAAAGACCGGGGAGCGUGAGGCGGCUCAGGACAACCUGCAAACCGUGCAGCACACCACCGAAGGAGCCCCCGACGACGAGCAGGGUCACAGCGCGGACGAGCAGGAGCGCGAGUGGGAGCGAGUCCACAGCGAGAUCGCCGCCUCGCUGGACCCUUUCGGCACCGGCGGCCGUGCGCGCAGCAUUGACAGCGGCACAAUCCCGGCAGCCGGCCAGCCGCCGUCGGGUGAGGGAACCCCGCCGCAGACCGCGCGGCCGGAGGCAACGCCGUCCACCGGGGAGUCGGCCGCGCGCGUGCCGCCGAAUGUGGCGCGUGAGAUCGUGCGCUGGGAGAGUCGCAACGUCAUGGGGCUCGACCAUCAGCUUGCGGCGCUCGCAGAGGGAGCAGUCGAGGGGGACGGCAAAGGGCGCGCCGUCGGUGACGAGCCGGCAGGCCACGCGCCGGAGGGAACGCUGUCGCUGGAGCUCCUGGACCAGCUCUUCGAGAGGGACCUGGCCGGCGGUGAGAGCGUGCCGCCCGGGCCCAUGGAAUCGCAGUGCGUGCCAAAGCCCCUGCCGCUCGCCGAUGCCUGGGAAGGGACGGAAGUUAGCGACUGGGAACGGAUGAAAACAAAUAUUUCCUCGGCGCAGACGAGUCCGACGCAGGUCGCCGACAAGCUGCCGUUCUCGCCGGGCUCCCGUCUCUUCGCUGCCGUAGCCGCCAGAGCAGCCGCGCCGCCGUCCCCGGCACAAGCGCAAGUGCCCCUGGACUCGGACCUCAAGCCCCAGCGGCUGUCUCCUGCGUUUGGGGAAGCUGCCGCAUGCGUCCUGCCUGCCCCCUUCGGCGCCGCUGCGCUCCCAGAGAGCGCUGCUGAGAAUGCUGGAGCUGAUGCAGCUCGUUGGACCCUUGAGGGUGACGGCGCAAAGCAGGCAGCGAGUGCCUAUGCUGGCGAGCUCAGAGGUGAAGAGGAUGAAGAGAAGAAUGAUGAGGUUGAGGCAGAGGCAGCCACUUUGGUGCUCGCAGCACGCACCGCUGUCGUGGUAGAGCCAGGUCACAGCGUUGCAGGCGAGGCGUCAGAGGUAAUGUGA